AUGCUGGUUGUGCUUUCGUGCAAAAUGGCGCGAUGUUUACGAGCGUUAUUAUGUACACAAAAAGUUUUGUUUCGUCCGUCAGCGUUCCGUUUAUGGGCAGGUCGACCAGUUCACACCGGAAAUCCGAAACUUGGGGAUCUGUCUAAUGAUUUUCAGGCUGCUAGUGCAAGAGUAAAAACCUUAAAACAAGACCCGGGGAAUGACAACAAGCUGAAGUUGUAUGCCUUGUUCAAGCAGGUAUUAAAGUAUAUAUUAGUUUAGUAUUGUUCGUUUCAAUGAUUUUUUCCUUCCAUGUUGAAUUUGAAGGUCAAUUACUAAGGACGAUUAAAUUUUUACGUGAUCGUGCAAUGUCUGGUCUUUAGUCAUCUUUGUGAACAGAAGCCUCCUCUACUGGCCCGGAAUAUUUGCAACAGUUAGUCACCUGAUUAACUUUCUGUAAACACGAAAGCAGUCCGUUUUUGGAAAUUUUAAAGUAAAUAGUAAAUUUUCAGCUUUACAUCUCAAAAGUAGCGAUUGCAACGGCCGCCAAAAAUUAAACGGAUUUGUUUGGGAAAAACAACUCUUGCCACCCAGUCACGGUUGAGUGGUUUUCCAUACGAGUCCUUGUAAAUUUUUAAAUUUUUUUAAAAAACUAUCGUUAAGUUUUUCCCUCACGCAUUUAAGGGUUCAAAUUGGCUGUUAUGAAGAAAGAAAAUUUGAGCUGCCUAAUGCUUUAGGAAAUAUUUUACAACAGCUUGAAAAUAUUUCAAAAUUUACAAGGGUUUGUAUGGAAAACACCAGAGGCAUAUAACCAACCAUGACUUGGUGGCAAGAUGUGUUGUUCCCAUACAAAUCCUUCUAUUUUCUGGCCACCAUUGCAAAUGCGUCUUUUGAGAUAUAAAGCUGAAAAUUUGCAGGUUACCUAAUUUUAAUAUAUAGCCAUAGUCACACUAAUAUUAAUUUGCCAACCAAAAGCGCAUUACUUCUUGUAACAAAAGAUUCUUUUGUUUCACUUCAACUGAUAUUAGUUUGCCAACCAAAAGUGCAAUAGUUCUUGUAACAAAAGAUUCUUUUGUUUAAUUGUUCAAUAUUUGAAUAACAAAAGCAAUAUUUGUAAACAGUGAUGUCUCCUAUUAUUGUUAUUAGGCUACUGUUGGACAGUGUAAUGAUCCCAAGCCAGGAGCAUUUGAUUUUGUCGGGAAAGCAAAGUGGACAGCCUGGAAUGAUCUUGGCCAUUUGUCAAAGGUUGUUUAUCUAAUUCCUGACCUAAUGCCAAAUGAAAAAAAAUUAUUUUUUUGUUGCUACAAGCAGAAUUAUAUGGAUUUAUGGUAAACUUUUUUAUUUGUUUGGUUUUUACUUUAUUAGUAGAGCAGAUAUGUGCUUGAAUUGUUCACUUUCUGUUAAAAGCAUGAAAUUUGGCAUGAUGAUAGUUUUCAAGGCCCUAAAAAAGAUAGGAUAUGGUGCCAUCGCCAAAAAGUCCAUUAAAUGUGAAAAAUAAGAGUUUUAAAAUGGCGGCCAUUUUGAACCGGAAGUGAAAUUAACAUUUGCUUUAAAACGUCUGAAUUUUAGCAACUUGGAUAAGAAAAUGUCAGCAAAUGCCUAAGGCAGCUGUUUUGUCAUACAAUGAGAUAUUAUUUCAAUGCAAAUUGUCUAUAGAGAUGAUAUAAGUGGCCGCCAGCUAGACCGGAAGUAAAACUACCAGAGUCGGAACUUUUAAGGAAUGAGCUUAAACUUCUAUUGUGCCUGCUAAUUCUUUACUUUAAUAUCUUGUUUAAAUUUAAUGUAUACUGUCAAUUUACUAUUUUCAUCAUAUAUAAUCCAUUACUAAACUUGAGCCUACUUUGGCUAUGAUACAGACUCAUAUCGAAGAAGAACAGAUGAUAUCUCGGUGACCUAAUAACUUGAUACUUCAUGCAGACGAGUGCUUGUAAUCGAAAAAGAGAGUUGGGGAUUGCCUUUCACGAUUGUCACUCUUCUGGGCAUAGCCCUUGUUAUGAAUGUACUUGAUUAGUUCCACCCUCAACUUUGUAAUUUCUGACAGUGGAGUGCAGGAGAGUCGCCACUCUCCUCUUAGAGAUAUCCAGCCCCAAUCUUGCAGACUAGGAACUGAGAUGCUUGUUACCAGUGCCUGCUGACUCCAUAUGUGGCCAGCAUGGUUCACUGUGCCCUUGAAAUGUUUAAGUAAUGCAGGCCGGGUCAAAGAAACUACUUUUGGCUUCGUCAGUUGACGGUAAAGAACUACUUUUUCUAUCGCAUAGAAGAACAUGUAAGCGAAAACAACUCCGAUUAUUUCUGGAGGUUACCGGAAGUAUUCACCUUGUCAUAUCCUGUGAAUGCAUAGAAUGGAGGAAGUGCAAUGCAGCCUUUUUAGUAAAUACGUUAGCAAUCUCGUAGGCUGCAAGGUAGCGUAGAUGUACAUUAGUAACAAGAUAUUUGAUAGGGAAGCUAACUUGCAUUUGGCUUCAUGGUAGAGAAACUUCAUGGGUAGUUAGAAUGGAGAGUGGACUCAACGAAAAUGUCUUGGACACAAACAACAUAGAGACUUAAAAGAGGAGAAUCUGCUUUGUGAUAUAGCAUAACAAUAAAUGCUUUCUAGCGAAUUGACUUCAAACAACGCAGGGAAAAGACUGGACGUCUGGCCCUAGACGACAUGGGUUGCUCAAUGUGCAAGGAAUCUAAAAAGCACCUGCUUGUUUCGAUCUUUACAAAAGAACUAGCUUUUUCCAGUUUCUUAGCAUAGUUCCUGAUACACCUUUACCCCAGAUCUUAGUCUUCAAGCUGUUCUCGGCGCGACAUAUUUGUCACAUACUAUAUCCAAGAGAAUACAUUUUACAUACUCAGGGGAUAAACGAAAGUAAUGGACAUUCGGAAAACGCUUUUUCCUUAUUUUCUUGCGUGUGGACUUUAGCAUGAUAAUCAGUGCUGCUCAGUCCAUGAUAAUUAAAUGAGAUUCCGGGGGUGGUUACAUUGAAGAUUAGAGACUUAUUCUCACUUCUGUCAAGCAAGGCACAGAUUCACUUGAUAGUAAAAUACAGCUGAAUUAUACCGCCACCCGGUUAGCUCCAGGUGGAUAAACACCGGUCUACUGAGCGGGAAGCCGCGGUUUCAAACCCCAGCCGAACCAAUUGCCGAUCAGGAUCUUUAAACAACUGACGAGAAGUGCUGCCCGAUGUCAUCUGCAAACGGUUAGACUUCCUAGUCUUCUUGAAAUUAAAAAAAACCUGUAGGCCCCGUCUCACGGUCCUUGUUCAUAUAAAAUGCUGUGGCAAGAUAAAGAACCUAAACACUGUUUGUAAAGAGUAGGCUGAGAAGGGGACCCAUUUACCUUUCAUACGGAUUUCUCGGAAGCUUCUUGAAAAUGGUAAACUUUGAAAUGAGCAGACGUUAUAUUGUGAAAGUAAUUUCAAUCCAAUAUGUACAUGCAGAGAGUGUUAUUUAUACUCCUCAAUAAAACAAAAUGGUGGAGCUAUUAUACUUCAACUUGCUUUGAAAGCCGCAAAGCAUUCUGCAUUCUCAUCGAAUAGUGGAUCAACUCUUUUAACCCUUACAAAUUCUUCAAACUGGUCUCUAUGUAUUUUCUUAAAAGGAUAAGUUGAGAGAAUCUGAUAAAAGAUCAAAGCAUUUUCUCUUGGGUGAUAAUUUUAUUAAUUCUAAAAACCUAAUCUCUUGACCUUGUAUGGAUAUCGUGAGUCAGAAGAAAAUUGAUGUUGGUCACUAUUGGGACAAGUAAAAAGAAAUAAUCUGUUUUUUGCUAGUUUAAUUUGUUCGUAUGUUUGGCCUUUCCUAUACUUAAAAAUGUGAAUCAUUGUUUCACAUUUUUCUUUAAAUUCACUGCCAAAAUGAAUUGCUUUGAGUGAGUUUCAUUUUCCAUUUUAUCCCGCUUUUACCUCCAGGUCUUUCAUUUAAACCGCUAAUUUGUAACACGGUUGACUUUUUUAUAUCACAUAAAUAUCCGGAAAAACAUAGAACAAACAAUUUUGUCGUCAUUUUGACCUUAACAUGCUAAAUUUUGUGCACUUUCGGUUAGGUGAUGUUUACUUCCGGUCAAAAUGGCGGCCAUUUUAGUAAUACUCCAAAAACCUGUUUAACAGGAAAAAUUUGUAAUGGCACCAUAUCACAUAUUAAUAGUCACGAUUAGUUUAUGUAAUAAACAAUUUCAUCGUCAUUUUGGCUUUAAAAAGUGCUUAAUUUUGUGUACUUUCGGUUAGAUGAUAUUUACUUCAGGUCAAAAUGGUGGUCAGUUUAAUUUUCACUCCAAAAACUAGUCUAACAGGAAAAAUUUGCGAUGUCACCAUAUCACAUAUUAAUAGUCAUAAUUAGUUCUGUCAUUCCUGAGAAUUUGGUGCUUUUAACAAAAAAUGAACAAUCCGGCCCCAAAUCUUCCCAUAUCCGCCCCACUAUAUUAUAUGACAACAAACCUGACAAGGAUUGGGUUGCUCUACUGCUUCUCUGUUUAUUAUUUUAAAGUCUAAUAAUAAUCAUCUUUAUUGAGGAAACUUUUUCAUAAAAGAUGUGGUUUUCAAAAAGGACCUCAAAACUAGAUAUAUAUUAUAAAAACAAAAAAAGCUAUAAAAUUGCAAAGAGAUUAAAAAGAUACAAAAAAUGCAUGAAAAAUUAAAAAUAAGUAUAAGUAAAAAUUAAACGUAAGUAGCUAUAUUAAAAACUUAAAAACAUUACGUUUAAAACUAUUUACAUUCCUUGAGUCUUUAAUCGUCUGACUGAGGGAGUUAAAAUCGGAAACGGCAUGAUAUUAUGUUCUUUGCUUCCCCCAAUUUCUUUUGACACGUGGUAAUCUAAAAUUGCCUUUGUUACGUGUAUUAUGCCUAUGAAGUACGUCUUGUCUAAUCAAGUCCAUAUCGUGAUUAAUUAGGCCAUUGAUGCAUUUGUCAGGGCUUCUGAUAAUUCGCGCGGUCGCGGACCCGCGAAAUUCAGGUAUUUCCGCGAAAUCCCGCGAAAUUCCCAAAAAAACACGAAAUACCGCGAAAUCCGCCAGAAAUAUUUCCAAAUACAUGUCGGCAAAACACAUUUAAUACUUAUCUUGGCUAUUAGACCUGUUCUAUUCACCUCAAACGUCCUAAUUUAUCUUGAAACUUCGUAACUGCAACUAGCAAACAACGUCUCAAAACUACCAGGCGUCGUCGUUGCGAAAAACUGGGCACUAACCAUAAUGUUAACAGCUUUAGCAUUCGCUCAUUUCUCGAGCGAACUGUGGUUGAAAGAGCAAGUGAUUAUCCCUGUUAAAAAAACAUUACACAAUGCUGGUCAUAUCGACGCAAAAUUGAUCGAUUUUAGCGAAAUUUGCCAAAAACAUCCAGCGCAAUCGGCUGUUUUUUACUGAUUGUUUCUUGGCGAAGUUUCCCCCCAAAAUUUCCCGUGAAAUCGGCCGAUUUUUCUAAGAAUUUGCCCCGAAAAUCCUUCGAAAUUUGACUUUUUCCGCCAAAAUCCCGCGAAAUCGGCCGAUUUUUCUGCGAAUUUUGACUUUUCUCCCGCGAAAAUCACUCGAACUCGGCCGAUUUUUGAGCGAAUUUUGACUUUUUUCCCGCGAAAAUCCCGCGAAAUCGGCCGAUUUUUCCGCGAAUUUGCCCCUGAAAAUCCCGCGAAAUUUUGCUUUUUUUUCCGCGAAAUAUCAGAAGCCCUGAUUUGUAUACGUGUACACACCUUCUUUGAAAUGGGCGUCUGGAAAAGCGGGAAUCCGGAAUCCGGAAUAGGAACGAGAAUAGGAACAGGAACAGGAACCGGAACCGGAAUAGGAACCGGAAUGGGAAGAGAAACCUAUAUAAAAGCAGGGACAACAUUUACCUUAAUUUAAGUUAAUCUGGAUUUAAUUCCUAUUCAGAUUAUAUACGAAAAAUAAGGGAAAAAAUGGAAUAGGAACCGGAAUAGGAAAGUGAAUAUAAACAGUGUAUAGAUAUAUGAAAAGAAAACGAUAUAAUCGUGAUCUUACCUUCCACUGUGCGAAUUUGUUAAGUCAGAGCACCUAAAGACAGAAAACAUCCACUUCCAGUUUCCAUUUUUAAUGUCCUGGACGUCAACGUUCUGCUUGCUUAUUAAGGUCUCUAUUGCACGCGGUUGAGGUAGAUGAAGUACUGGCUGGGAUGGGUUUGGUGGGGGGGGGGAGGAGGUACGUGUUAAUACCCUUUUUAAGCUGUGGACUAUCUAUCCCUGGUCAACUUCCCAAUUUAGCACCGUACAAUAUAUCUAUGGAGCAAACCAGAGGUGUAUGGCAGCCCAAUAAACGUCACCGAUGGGUGUCUCGUAUACAAAUGGUCUGACAAAUAAUAUUAACAUGUUAUAACUUCGUUCGUGUGAGAGACAAAAGGAACCUUAAGAUAUGACGACGGCAAUGCCAGCGAAAACGCCACUGAGAAAUUGAAUUCGGGUCUUAAUUCAAACUAUUUCUCAUUAAUUCCAAAUUGCCCAGUCUUUUAAAGGUUGGGAAGUGAAGCUGGAGACCGCGUCCGAGCUCAGAAAGACACAAUAAAAUUUAUUGCCUGCCGUUCACGUUCUCAAGAGAACUUAAGAUUUGAUCAUUUACGUCGUAGUUGUGCAUACGCGGUGAAGAAAUUGACAGAAAGCGCGAUGCACUCGCAAAGCUGUUGCUUUACUUAUUUAACUUGCGGCUUUUUCUACCUUCUCUCUGCCGUAUGAUAAAGAGAUUCGUGGGGGAGCAUGAUACCAGAGUAGUUUUCUUAUUUUUUGUAUAAAUUGAAUUCGAAUUAAAAUAGUUUAAAGUAAAUGAUGUGCCUGUUCUUGUAUCGGUUCCCAUUCACAUUGCUGUUCCUGUUCCGUUGCUGUUUCCGGUUCCGGUUCCGGUUCCGGUUCCGGUUCCGGUUCCGGUUCCCAUUCCCGUUCCUAUUCCGGAUUCCGGUUUCCGGCUUUUCCAGACGCCCUUUGAAAUCGCCUUUUCUUUAGAGGCAGCCACUUGAGAACGGCUAAUGCCUCAGUGGAGGAUGAGUACAAUGGUCUAUUUAAAAUAACUUUAGCGGCCUUAUUUUGCAAAACUUGCAAACUAGACAUAAGGGUAAUAUUAUGUUUAUCACCCCAUACUAGAUCAGCAUGUUCAAAAAGGGGCAUAACAAGACUUUUAUAGAAAAGUAGACGUGCCCUGAAAGGCAAUAAAUGCCUUAUACGCUUGAGAAGCCCAAGCCUCUGAUUGAUUUUCCCAGUUAGGUGUUCAAUAUGAUCAGUCCAUGUGAAAUCCGAAGAUAUAUGUAUACUGAGGUAUUUAAAGCUGCGAACAUUACUUAUACUAUGAUCUAAAAUUGAAACAGUCAAAUCUACUUUGCUUUUGCUUUUCCUAUUACUACCGAUAAGCAUGCAUUUAGUUUUGUCCAAAUUUAAAGUCAGUUUGUGAUCAUGAAGCCAUUUCGCCACACCCAGUAGAUCGUUAUUUAACUUAUCACUCAACUCCUUUGAGGAUGUACCAUAGCAAUAAAUUACAGUGUCGUCUGCAUAAAGUGACGCGUAGCAGGAGUUAAGCACAUUUGGCAAGUUAUUUAUGUAAAUCACAAACAACAGAGGCCCUAGAAUACUACCCUGUGGCACCCCAUGCAUGACUGGAAGUUCCUCAGAUAACUCAUUUCCACAUGAUGUGCGCUGUUGUCUACCAGUUAAGUAAGAACGGAAUCAAUGAAGAGCUCUUUCAGAAAGGCCGAUCUCGGAUAGCUUGCGUAACAUUAUUUGAUGGUCUACCGUGUCAAAUGCCUUGGUUAGAUCGAUGAACACGGCCCUGCAAAAGCUUUCCUUGUUCCAUGUUUAAGAGCACUUCAUCAGCAAAUGAGGUCAAAGCUGUUGUAGUUGAGAUACCCUUCCGGAAACCAAACUGCUUGUUGGACAAUAAAUAAGUCUCACCUAGUUCUGUAUUUACAGGAUGAUGCACAGCAAAGAUACAUAGAUUAUGUUAAUGACUUGGCAGGUGGGUACCUGGGAUUACUUUUUGAGAACAUUGCAAACUUUGUUAAUGAACUGCUUGUUUCACCUUUUAGUGGAGCCCUUGCAUGCAUAUUGUGUGCAGCAGAGCACCAUUUGUAAUUAAAUUUGGUUAUCUAUGCAUCCAAGAAAUUUUUGCUGCAUCAAAAUCGUUUGACCAUACAUAUAUCUGCAGUUUGGGCAUGUUUAAUGUUACACUGCUCCCUUAACUUUUACCUUUUUCUUGCUCUCCUCCCUGCUCCUUUAAUUUGUUUUUGCACUCACAUUUUCUUGCUGGGUAUUUACUAAGGUCCUUUUUUUGCUGAAAAUGUUUUUGAGAAAAUUGUAAAAUUUUAGUAUCAUAGGACAAGAUGGAAGGAGAUGCGGGUGGGUAGUAGAACAUGAUUCUCAUUUGAGUGUUUUUGUCCACUUUACACCUUUAACGUGUUUUUUUUUUGUAUUUUUCUUCAUACUGUGACUGGAAGAUCUCUUCCCCCGGCCCAAGUAAUGUGUCUAUGACUGUUAAAACUGAUGACAUCACAGGUUGUAAAAGGGAGGUGGAUGUGCACAGGCAGUUAUGGGUGGUUCAGGUGUGAAAAGGUUAAAUGAAGAAGUAAAAUUAAAUCUGUAUUCAAUUUUUCUCAGUACAAUUUGGCACCACUGAGGAGGAAUCAAAGGCUGCAGCUCCUGCAGAUACUUCAGCAGCCAAUACAGAAAAUAAAUACAAGGAACUGGUGGUGACACUGGAAAAUGGGGUACAAACAAUACGUAUGAACAGACCAACAAAAUACAAUGCAAUUACAUUAGAGGUAAGGAAAUAAUAUUUAUAAUUUUUGUCUUUGGUGCCUUACAGCAGACUGCUGUCUUACAAAUUGAUAUUAGCAAUUAUAACCAUAGAUUUGGAAGCCAAAUCAAAUCCAAGAAUUUAUUGUUUUAAUUUUAUAUAUAUAUAUAUAUUAUUUUUUCAAACUUUUAUUAAAAUUAAUACUCCACAGCAUUACAAUACUAACGUUACAUGGCAUUGCAUAACAUUGCAUUACAAUACAUUACAAAUACAUUACAUUACACUAUAAACUUUAACACUAAAGUAACUAUAAAAAAAAUACGUUCAGAGUACACAUGUUACUUGGUCCAAAGGCAGAGCCCACUUCUUAUUAAAUUUGUCCAUCUUAUUGUUUUAAAUUAUUCACUUAAAAUAUUUUCACUUUAAAGCCGUGCUUUCCCUGAUCAAUGUAAAUCUCCUCUUUCCAUAACAUUUAAUAAUAAUAAUAAUAAUAAUAAUAAUAAUAAUAAUAAUAAUAAUAAUACUUAUAUAGCGCCGAUAUCAAUAUUGCUAUUUUCAUCAGCGCUUAAAAAUCAAAAUAUUUAAAAAAUAAAAAUAGAAUAAUAAUAAUAAUAAUAAUAAUAAUAAUAAUAAUAAUAAUAAGUGCAUAAAGUAUACAUGCAAAAAGUGCAUGAACCUACCAAAAAGAGUAAAACAAUUAUGUCAACACUAAAACCAUAAAAAUUACCUAGACUACUUAAAUCGUAAAAAACUGCAUAAAACCUACUAAAAACGAGAUUAAAAAGCACAUAAAAUCACAAAAAAGCUUUCUGAAAUAAAAAUGUCUUGAGUGUCUUUUUAAAAGAUGCUACUGAGCGGCUACUCCUAAUUGAAUAGGGCAAUGAAUUCCACAGACGGAUAGUUGAGGAGCAGCGGCAGCAAAAGAUCGAUCUCCUAACGUUGUUAAAGUCUUGAAUUUCACAGGCUUUAGUAGCAGUCCAUCACAAUCGGAGCGUAACUUGUACUUACAUGCUUCUUUAAGACUAAUAAGUUCCUGGAGAUAAAAAGGUGCUAAGUCAUUGAUAGACUUAUAUGUUAACAAUACAUGUCAUACAUGGCAGUAUUUAGAUUCCAGGAAAAUUAACCUAGCGGCAGCAUUUUGGACCCUCUGUAGCUUAUUAAGCUGGUAAGCUGGCAGGCCAUAGAGCAAGUUGUACUGUGAAAUGUACAAAAUAUAUAAAGAACAGAUUUAUGUGCCCGCGUUAAAUGCUCAAAAUCGACUUUUCCAGUCAAAUACAAUCCUGGACAAAACUACUUGAGAAAAUGUUGUCAUUAAUGCGCACUACCUAAUGCAACAAAACUAUUUCCAAAUCAACGGCUUUGUGUAAAAAAAAACCCCUCUCCCAGUUCAAAGUUGCUUCCUACAAACGCUUGGGGAUCCGGGUUUCUUUUGAAGACCCAACAACACUGCUUCCAGGGGGAGGGGGGAGGGAAGAAUCGGUCGGCUACGAAAUUUAGGAAAAAUGCCUGCCAAGUAUGGAAUUUUGCUCAACAGUUUUGUCCACGAUUGUAGUAAGGAUUGUUGGAACUAGACUUGAGAGUGCACUUCAGUUUCUUUAAAGGCAAUGGGUUACCAUCGCCGCAAAGUAGGCUAUACUUAAGGUAAACUUAACCCCAUUCACAUCUAAAGUAAGAUUCAAGUAUACUUGAGGUCUACUUACUUAGAUAGUGUGAACGUAUCUUAUAACUUAGCUUGCGUGCCCAUUAAUCUUUUGAAUGAGUAAUAGCCUGACCAGGUUACAUUUAACUUUGUUGAAUCUUCUUAGAUGUACCAGGAACUAAUGACAGCACUAGAAGAAGCUGGCAAGAAUGAUGCUUGUGUUGUUGCAAUGAUAACAGGUACAGGGGAUUAUUACUGUAGUGGGAAUGAUCUGAGUAAUUUCACAAGGAUUCCACCUGAAGGUCCUCAGAAGAUGGCUAGUGAUGCCAAAGAAAUCUUAAAGUAAGUAUUCUUUAGAACGCAUAUCUCCUUUCUGCUGUUACAAUGUCGUGGUGGGGGAGCUUGCGUGCCUUAAUGACCCAGUAAUCCAUACCAGUGAGGGCUUAAGGUCCUGGCAGUUCACAGGGGAGAGGAUAGUCUAACAGUAGCACCUGGUCCUCCAGGUUGGGGGUUGGGUGUGGGGUUAACUUACUCUGGAAAACAAGAACUUUUGACCGAAACUGCUACAUUACUAUACACAACCCUUGUUCCAAUAGAAACUCUAACUAAAUCAGUGGCACCCCGACCACUUAAAUGAAAGCCCAUCUCCGGAAGUCUGAAAUGUGAAUCAGAGCUUUCUAGGACCCCAAACUACCAUCCACAUUGGAGUAUAAAAUGGAUGUACCAUGUUCGAAUCCGCCAAAACACAGCAAGUCAUCAAGGAAGAGAACUCUAACUUGAACGUCCUCUGUGUGAGUGAGCGAAGAUGGACUGGAUCUGGAUGAAACUACAAGUAAUACCUACCAACUAGCAGUAGCGCAAAGUAUUUGACAUCAACACGCGUUGUGCACCCAAGUUUAAAAAGGAGUACAUGUACACUAUUAAGCUUAGGAAUUGCUUUAGUGCACGUGAAAAUGAUAAUGGAGACAAUCAGGACACUGUUGAAACAACAACAACCCUGGAGUAGCAUCGUAAGAGUUUAUAAAGAAACUGCAAAGUGUCUUAGGCUUUACAAAGAAGAAAGAUAAACCAUGGAUAACACCUGAGACGUGGAGGAAACUCCACGAGAGGAAGAGAAAAGCCAAAGGCAGCCUGCUAAGUGCAAAAUUGUUUUUACAUGCAGCUAGUGGGGCAGAGAAGGCUGCAACUAAGGGAGACCUCAACAUUGAGUACAAGAUCACUAAGCAGUUAAUUGGAGGACAGAGUAACACCUACACUAAGCCAGUCAAAGAUAAAGAAGAGAAAGUUCUAACUAAACGAGAAUAGGGUUCAGGAUGGGUUCGGCAUUUCAAGGGAGUGCUUAACCGGCCAGAUCCUAAUGAGCCUCCCGUACCAGACCCUUUGGAUGAUCUCAAUAUUAACACCGACCCACCCCCUCAGGCUGAAGGGGAGACUGCAACAAAGGCAGUGAAGAAUGGAAAAGCUUCAGGCAUUGAUUCGCUUGAUGCAGAAUUCAUUACCUAAGGUAGAUACCACCUGCUUACUGCUUUCUUUGCUAUGAUGUAGGAUCAUAAAGUCUUUCCUUAAGACUGCAUUGGCCUUAUAUACAGGAUUCCGAAGGGAGUGGACCUCAACAAUUGUGACAGCUGGCGAGACAUAACACUUCUGUCCAUUCCCAGAAAGGUCUUCUACAGAUUAUUCCUCAAAAGGAUUGAUGGUGCCAUAGAUUUAAAGUUGAGGCAGGAACAGGCUGGAUUUCAGAAAGGCGGAGGCUGCAAAGAUAGAGUUUUUGCUCUCCUGAACAUCAAUGAGCAGUGCAUUGAGUGGAACGUUCCCUUGUUUUUCAACUUGACUUUGAAUACCACCCAAGAUUGUUAUCAUCACCAGGAAAUUUUGUGAACACUUCCAAUGUAUUGUCAUCUUCCAGAAUACUUGGACAAAGCCUCCCCGUCAAGUCUGGCGUACGACAGUGCUGAAUUCCCUCUCCAGUCUUGUUUCUAGUAGCCAUCAACUGAGCGAUGCAUGAAACAACCUCAGACCGUCCCCACAGAAUCCAGUGGACUCUGUUCUCACAUUUGGAAGUCCUUGACUUUUCUGACGAUCUAAGAGUGAUGUCGGCCACUCUUAGCCGACUUUAAAGUAAUUCUGCAAAGCAAACCUUUCUGCACACCAACUUGAGAAAGACCCAGGUGAUGUACUUCAAUGCCCCCCAUAGCCCCCGCAAUCACCGUCAGUGGAGGGGAACUGGAGUGCACUGACGAUUUCACAUAUGUUGGAAGCCUUCUAAGUAGUAACAAUGGUGCCCAUAAGGCCCACCUUAACAAAGCUAGAAGUGCACCCAUCGACACUUUUUGUGAAUUAGUGGAAGCAAAACGGGAAUUUAAUGGGAUGAAGAACUCUUAAAACCACCACCAUAAAAACUGCUCUUACACUGAUGAAACAACACCGACACAACUGCUACAAACUGCUGGAGAACUUGAUAAACAACCGAAGGUGCAAUGUUCCACAUGAGCGUAUGCUAAUGACUUUGGCCACUGACCUAAAGAAGCGGCUGAGCUUUUGGUGGUUAACUUUGGUAAAUUGCCAUUUAAAUUCAUUUUCUCAACCAUUUAGUGAAACCAUGACUGUUUGUAUCCAACAUCGACAUUGUACAUAAAAUUCUGUUUACUCUAUCUUUUAUAAAUUCUGGCCUCUGACUAAAAAGUCAGUUAUUUUGUUAUGGAAAGGUUUUUAUACUUUAUUGUAUUAAGACAUAAUAAUGUUGUAAUUGUGGAUCUUACGGCCUCUUUUCAAAUUACAGUAUUAUUUCUCUCUUUCUCAGGGUUAAAAGUUCUUUAGUACCGUUUCGACCGUACAUAUCAUUAUGAACUAAAUAAUCCGUAAAUUCAAUAAUUGAAGGUGGGUGCAUUUGUCGCGGCUAUGUGAUAAUCAUCCUAUAAAUCGGUAAAAAAAGCAUUCAUCAAGCCAGGUUUUUUAAAGAUUCUUUUGCGACUCCUUACGCAACUGUAGGGAUAAAAUCCAUAUUUCUCGGCCCUUUUUUUCGUCGUUCUUAUACCUUAAGUGUUUUGCAGGAAAUUUGUAGCGCACUUCAUAGAUUUUCCUAAGCCGCUGAUCGCAGCAGUGAAUGGGCCAGCUGUAGGAAUAUCAGUGACUGUCUUGGGCUUGUUCGACAUGGUGUAUGCCUCUGAUAAAGCUACAUUCCACACACCAUUUAUGGAGCUGGGGCAGAGCCCUGAAGGAUGUUCCUCCUUUCUUUUCCCUAGGAUAAUGGGAGUUGCUAAGGUACUGCUUCUGUUGUGUAUUUUGAAUGGCGACUGAAGGGAGUGGUAUUAGCUGAUUCUGGGAAAUCUGCCGUAACAUCAUUUUUUUUGCCGUUUAAUUCUCGUGUGUGUAUGACUAAGUGUUCAAUCUUAUUUGUGGUUUUUUAUGAUCUAUUUAUCAUGCUUUUUUUCACAAAAACUGUUUUUAGGCCAAUGAAAUGCUUCUUGCAGGACGCAAACUAACAGCUACUGAAGCAUUCAACUGUGGUCUAAUAACCGAUGUAUUUCCUCAUGAUAAGUUCGCUGACGAAGUACAGAAUAAGGUUCAAACAAUGGCAAAACUUCCUCCAAAGGUAAACAUCUUGAUGUGUUAGAGGAAAGCCUCGGACUCGACGGUGGGCCAAAGUUACUUACCCUAUCAACAGAGGAUUUAAAACAGAGCCCUGGCUACAAACCCUGGUCUCACAAGAGGCUUGACCUGGUAGACAGCUUUGUAUUUAAAAUUAAAUACCAAAUGUAACAAUCAUUUCUUUUACCUCGUUAGUCUCUGCAGUUGUCCAAACAGUUAAUCCGCGACUCAUCCCGUGAACUUUUGCAUGCGGCAAAUGAACAGGAAGCUGCCUUGCUGGAAGAACGAUGGCUUUCAGAAGAAUGCAUGCAGGCGAUUAUGUCCUUUAUGGCCAGAAAAUCCAAGUUAUGAUUUGCGUCACCCUUGGAUACACUUCGGUGCGCUUUGCAAAUCGAACUUUUAGUAUAAUGCAUUUCAUGAUUGUAGCGGUGGAAUGACCGGUCUAAACAAAAAUGUGUUAAACUGGCACCGGUAAAAUCGGUUGAAACAAAUAAAACGUUCUGUGGGUUUUAG